GUGAACCUGAGAAACAAGGUUUGUUCAGUGUGGGUGAUUUCAUUUCACAGACAACGGCUCCGAAGAGAAGACAAUGGCGACAAAAGCGUUAUCCCUCUCUGUGACCCUCAGCGACCUCACCAACCAUCGCUUCGGCUCCAAGUCGCCGUACCCACCUGCGAAAGCUUCCGUUUUCACUCUCAGAUGCUCUGCUGGGAAUGGAGAUAGGCCUUGGAAAAACUCAGAUGCUAGGCUUGUGCUGGAGGAUGGUUCAAUCUGGAAAGCUAAAUCAUUUGGUGCUAUAGGGACCCAAGUUGGUGAAGUUGUUUUCAACACAUCAUUAACUGGGUAUCAAGAGAUUUUAACUGAUCCUAGUUAUGCUGGCCAGUUUGUGCUGAUGACCAAUCCGCAUAUCGGGAAUACUGGCAUCAAUUUUGAUGAUGAGGAAUCAAGACAGUGCUUCCUUUCUGGUCUAGUGAUUAGAAGUUUGAGUAUCAGUACCUCAAACUGGAGAUGUGUGAAGGAUUUGGGUGAUUACUUAAUUGAAAGGAACAUCAUGGGGAUUUAUGAUGUUGAUACUCGUGCAAUCACGCGCAGAUUACGGGAAGAUGGUAGCCUUAUUGGUGUCUUGAGCACUGACAAUGCCAAAACAGAUGAGGAACUACUUCAGAUGUCUAAAUCAUGGGACAUUGUUGGUGUUGAUCUUAUAAGUGGUGUAUCUUGCAAGACUCCACAUGAAUGGGUUGAUAACGCUAAGGAAGAAUGGGAAUUUAGCUCUAAAGGGCCUGGAGAGACUUUCCAUGUAGUUGCUUAUGAUUUUGGAAUCAAGCAUAAUAUACUUAGGCGCCUAGCAUCUUAUGGCUGUAAAAUCACUGUUGUGCCAUCAACAUGGCCAGCAUCCGAAACUUUGAAGCUAAACCCAGAUGGGGUCCUUUUCAGCAAUGGCCCUGGAGAUCCAUCCGCCGUUCCUUAUGCUGUUGAAACAGUAAAGAAUAUUAUUGGAAAGGUGCCUGUUUUCGGAAUUUGCAUGGGCCAUCAAUUGCUAGGCCAGGCUUUAGGAGGCAAAACCUUCAAGAUGAAAUUUGGUCACCAUGGAGGAAAUCAUCCAGUUCGUAACCUUCGACUUGGCCGUGUGGAAAUUAGUUCUCAGAACCACAACUAUGCGGUUGAUCCUGCCACUCUGCCAGAAGGAGUAGAGGUUACUCAUAUCAAUCUUAAUGAUGGAAGUUGUGCGGGUCUUGCAUUCCCUGCUAAAAAAAUCAUGUCUCUUCAAUACCACCCUGAAGCAUCUCCUGGACCUCAUGAUUCUGACAACGCUUUUAGGGAGUUUGUGGAGCUAAUGAAGCAAGAGAAAACCAAAACAUCCAAUCUACACCAACUACAAGCCUUGGAUGUGUAGUCCUGCUAUCAAUACCGGGCUAAAAGAAUAAAGUAUCAUAUAAUACUUAUAUUCUUACUAGUCUUGUUCUAUAGUUUGUUAGAUGAACUUAAUAAGGGCUUCCUUGGGGUUGAUUAAGAUUUGCUUUUGUUCAUUUUCUGUCCAAGUGCGAGCUGCCCUUGAUUUUCAUUGCCUUCAAGUGAGGGUUAAUGUAUUCCUUGCGGUACUUAGAACCAAUUUUUUGCUUGCUAUGUAUAAGAUUUAGUAUUGUCUUGAAUCAUGUGUUGUAACAGAGAACAGUUUCUUCGAAUCAUGGCCCCUAACGGGCUUUUUAUA